AGGAAAAACUCAACGUGACACCGGUUGCCUAGCAACGCGGGUUAAACAUCCUCUCCCCAAACACUAAACACCAAACUGCGUCCUCUGGCUAGCUGUCAUGCUAACUACGAGUCUUGCACUUUUCCUUUAGUUUGGAAAAAAGCCUCAGAAUGGGAAAGAAAGUGAAGAAGGAGAAUGAAACUCCAGGCAAGGAGACGUUUGAACCUGUACUUGUUGAGGGCAGGACCCCAGAAACCGUAGUUCUGCUGCUGAACUCCACAGAGGAGGAUAUCCUUGUCAAAGCAUGUGAAGCAAUUCACACGUUUGCAGAAAAAGGAGAUGAGAACAAAGUCUCUCUGCUGGGACUUGGGGCAUUGGAGCCUCUGUGCAAGCUCAUCUCUCACAACAACAAACUGAUCAGACGCAAUGCUUUGAUGGUCUUGGGUAUAAUGGCUACCAAUGGUGAUGUACAGGAUGUUCUGAAAAAAAUGGAUACCAUUCCAUCAAUUGUUGACAAACUGUCACCUGAAGAAGAUGUAGUUGUCCAUGAGUUUGCAACCCUAUGCCUGGCCUCCCUGUCAGUGGACUUCAUCUGUAAGGUCCAGAUCUCUGAUAACAAAGGCCUGCCACCUCUGAUCCAGCUCCUAUCCAGUCCAGACCCUGAUGUCAAGAAGAACUCUCUGGAGAUCAUCUUCAACCUAGUUCAGAAGGACUACCAAAGCCGCCUGUCAGUACAUGAGCUGGGUGGGAUCCCUCCACUUCUGGAACUGUUGAUGUCGGAUUUCCCUGUCAUUCAGCAUCUGGUUUUAAAGAUUCUGCAUAAUGUCACUACUGAUGAAGAAUCACGCAUGACCUUCAGGGAACAGCAAGGAUUUGAGAAGCUCAUGGCUAUACUCAGUAACAUGGAAUUCAACGAUCUUCAUGCUGAGGCCUUGCAGGUAGUUUCUAAUUGUUUGAGUGACAGUGAGACUUUACAUCUAAUCCAAGAGGAUGGAGGACUGACGAGGCUGAUGGAGUUUAUUCUCACCCCCGACACACCUGACAUCCAGUCCAAUGCUGUUAUAUGCAUCACCAGGGUUGCACAGAACUCUGAGAAUCGCAAACUGCUCCAUAAGCAGAACAUAGAGAAGGUUCUGGUAGAGCUUCUAUCUGUUCCGGAUGUCAACGUGACGACACCUACCUGCCAAGCUGUGUCCACAAUGAGCAACCACCCCGCUAGCAAAGACAGCUUCAGAGACCUUGAUGGAAUCCCCGCAGUUGUACAGUUGCUGAAUAAUGAGAGUUUGAUUCUGAGAGAGGCAGCGACCAGUGCCCUCGUCAGCCUGACAGAUAGCAACCAGCUCAAUGCAUUUGCAGUGUACGAGGCAGGAGGCCAUGAGGUUCUUGUCCAGCAGCUCUGUGGAAGCUGUCCCAGGACGGUGGCCAAUUCUGCAGCCACGCUUGGCAACAUGGCCGGACAGGAGGUCAUCCGCUGCAGCAUCUUGUCACAUGGUGCCAUACAGGCCCUGGUGGAGCCGUUGAAGUCCACAAACACACAGGUCCUGGUCAGCACUGCGCAUUGCCUGGCAGAGUUGACCUGUGAUACAGAAUCUAGGGCACAGCUACAAAGUGCUGGAGGCCUUCAACCACUCAUCAAUUUGCUGCACUCCUAUCACAAGGAGGUGCUGCAUAAUGCAUGCAUGGUUAUUAACGUCUGUGCCAGUGAUAAGUCUACAGCAGUGGAGAUGUGCAAACUUGGAGCCCUGGAGAUGCUUCAGGACAUCAACCAAUCAGUGAAUCGUAGGAGCAGUUUUAGUGAAUUGGCUAUGAACAGCCUUCUUAACUCCAACUUGUCUGUUAAAUACAGCCUUACAGGUCAUCUGGCAUUCACUGACAAUAUCAGUAAUGACUUCUACGAUGCUGGGAAGGCUUGUGCAGGUCAGAGGAUACUGACUUUAGAAGAGUUGUCCAAGCAGCCUGUCAACCAGUACCGCCCAGUCAUUGUUGUCAACACAACAAAAGCAGAAGAGACAGCGAAUGUGCCAGAGGAGAGUCAGAGUAACCCAUCAGAAACAGACACCACCAAGGCAGACAGAAGGACACCCAUGAGAAAGAAGAAGAAAGAGGAUGACAGACAGAAAGAAGAGGCCGAGGCAGAAUCUCCGGCAGAAAAACCAUUGAAGAUGAUGGAUGACAUUUCAUUACAGCUUCUAGCUAAACAGGCUAAAGAAUCCAUCCUCCCACUGAAUGAUGAACGAGAGCAGUAUUCUGCUCUGGCCAGGUUGGUCAGUACAGCCAUGGGUGGAGCAGUGGAGAUGGAAAGGUUGCAUGAGUUUGCGUGGGUGCUGCACAUCAGCAAGCUGAAAUAUAUGUUCCAGUCGAAUGUUGUUCCUAUUGGUUUUAUCAGAAAGGGAAUCUACUGCCAUAGGGCACUUCUCUUUAAGUGUCUGGCUGAUUGCAUUGGACUGAGCUGCACGCUUGUUAGGGGCGAGUACAACCGCGCUUGGAACGAGGUCCUUCUCUUUGAUGGAACUCCAUCCAGCAAUGGUCGCUCACCACAACCGUGUCGCUACAUAGUCGACCUCAUGCACCAGCCUGGAAACCUGUUAAAGGCUAAUAGCCCUGCUGCUGAGCAAUACCAGACUAUUUAGAACAACACUAGUGUUGUGCAGAAAUACUCUAGUACAUACUGCUAUGAACAGGCAUUUUAUUGAGCUGCAUCAUAUAUCAUUUGUAUUGUGGUGUAUUUCUUGUAUGGCAGACCAUUAAACAAUCAGUUGAACUCUAAGUGAA